UAAAUUGGACUUGUGCUGUUGUCAUGAGUUGCGUCAAACCUUGCCGCGAGUCGUUCAACUUCACUUUGUAUCUCCCCAUCCCCGUCAUUUCCUUCUGACUCGUCAUCAUCCCCUCCCCUGCAAUCUAGGGCUUCUUCCUUCUCGCUCUCUCUUUCUCUGAUACCCCAUUUUCUCAAACACUGAUACAAAGCAGCAAGCAAACAUGGAAGGAGUCGAAGACGCGCCGACGAUGAUCAACUUGGCCAACACUCCUCCUCCGCCCUUUCUGAACAAAACCUACGACAUGGUGGACGACCCGUCCACCAACGCCGUCGUUUCCUGGAGCAACGGCAACAACAGCUUCGUCGUUUGGAACGUGCCCGAGUUCUCCAGGGACCUCCUGCCCAAGUAUUUCAAGCACAACAACUUCUCUAGCUUCGUCAGGCAGCUGAAUACUUAUGGUUUUAGAAAGGUUGAUCCAGACCGAUGGGAAUUUGCAAAUGAAGGGUUUCUAAGAGGCCAGAAACACCUUUUGAAGACAGUCAGCAGGCGGAAACCAGCUCAUGCAAACAGUCAUCAACAAGCACCACCUCAAGUGCAGAGCUCUCAGGUUGGGGCAUGUGUUGAGGUGGGAAAUCUUGGGCUGGAGGAAGAGGUUGAAAGACUUAAAAAUGACAAGAACAGUCUUAUGCAGGAACUUGUUAGAUUGAGGCAGAAACAGCAAGCAACAGAUAAUCAGUUACAUAAUGUUGGACAACGUGUGCAGGGAAUGGAGCAGCGGCAGCAGCAAAUGAUGUCAUUUCUUGCAAAGGCUAUGCAUAGUCCUGGAUUUUUAUCCCAGCUUGUACAACAUCAAAAUGAAAACAACAGGCGAAUCACUGGAAGCAAUAAGAAAAGGAGACUCCCAAGGCAAGAAGAUGAAAUUUUGGUUGGGAAGCUUAGCACCAAAUCUCUCGAUGGACAAAUGGUGAAGUACCAGCCUUCAAUGAAUGAAGCAGCAAAAGCAAUGCUGCGGCAGAUCUUGAAGAUGAAUACAUCUCCUAGGCUGGAACCGUCGAUGAUCAAUCCUGAUGCUUUCCUGAUUGACAAUGUUCCUUCUUCUGAUGCAUUAGAAAGCGGUGACACCUCUAACCGGAUUUUGGGCGUAACCUUUUCAGAGGUUCCACCAACUUCUGAGGAGUGUUAUAUGCCCGAGGAAGAGUCUGGAUUUCCCGACAGUUGUCAUUCUACAGCCAUUUCUGAGAUCCAGUGUUCUCCUUAUGCAGUUACCAAUUGUGUUAAAGCAGCUCAAGUUUUGGAAGAGAACAUGCAUAAUUUUCAAGAAGAUGCAGUUAUGCCUGAAUCAACGCAAAUGCAAGGUGGUGUUCCAGAAAGCACUGUAGAAAUCCCCAACGCAAACUUCAUGAGCUCUGAGACUGGGAAUGCAGAGUACAUGGAUAUGUCAGCGGUUUUGGAUGGGACCCUGCCUACAGAAACUGAUGCCUUUUCUCCUGAGCCUGAUGUAGAUGCUUUGCUGGGCUCUAACCUUCCGGGAAUUACUGAUAUCUUCUGGGAACAAUUUCUUCCAGCGAGCCCUCUGACUGGUGACGUAGAUGAAAUUAAUUUGAGUUCCACUGAUGGAGGGACCAUGGAUCAAGAGUUGAAGUUUGGGGAGGAGAAUGGAUGGGACAAGACUCAACAUAUGAAUCAUAUUACUGAACAAAUGGAGCUUCUUGCACCAGGGAGCAGAAUUGGUUGACCUUGUCUUUCCAAUUGUAUAUACAUGUUUCUUGCUAUCAAGAGGUUGAUGUUGCGCCCUGAUGAGCAGGCAAAGCUCUUCUUCAAAGACUAAUAAUGACCAGCUAGGAUUCAAGUUUAAGAAACUCUUAUACUCAUGUAAUCUGGCUUAGCGAUAUCGUUCGAUGCAUUUUCGUCCAAGACCUUUUUGUUGGUAUAUGGUGAAGUUUAUUGUAACUAUGAUAUAGGCAAAUCCCGUUUUGGAUCGGAAAGUAAAUAGGGAGGGCGGUUGUUUCUAAAUAUGUUGCGCCCUAAACUUGAGCUGGUGCUUUAUGAAAUCUUAUUCAUAGAAGAGUAUUCCAACA